AUGAUAAAGACUGUAAUGGUGAGGUGUUACCUGCUCUGUUUACUAACUCUUGCACUCUGUUGUGCUUGUGGGUUAGUAUGGGCUGAUAGUCCUAAAGCUUCUGAUGCCCUUAUUAAAACUUCUACUGUUGGAGUUCCUUCUCUUGUUCAUCAUGCUAUUCCUGCUUCUGGACAUGUUAGUAAAGAUGAUGAAAAGGAAGAUAAGGAGAAUGAGGAUGAGGCUGUUCUUGCUCAGGGUUUGGUGAAAGGGCAUGCAUCUAUUCCCAGUGGUACACUAAUUGAAACUCAGGUAGCUGAGCAAGUGUUGAAAACGAAUGAACAGUUGAAAAAUAAAGGAUUGAAAAAAGAUUUGUCUGAUCAAUCAACUCUGGAUAACAACAGGAGAAAUGGUUCUGAAGAACAUACAACGUUGCAAAAAACUGUAGAUGCUGUUUCACAUGAAGUAGAACCACCCAGUAAAACUUCUAAAGGUUCUUCGAAGCCUGCUGCUGCUUCUUGUACUGGUGGUGUUUCUACUGGCGGUACUUGUACUCCUGCAGCUCAAGAUCCCUCUGCUGGAUCUGCUGGUGGUAUUGGUGGUGGUGCGGGUCCAUCUACACAACCACACCCUGAUCCAGUAGCAAACGAACUUGAAGGUCAACCUGUUGUUGGUUCCGCUACUACUGUAAGUGCACCAAAUAGAGGAACUGAUGGAGAAGGUCCCACUGUUACUCAAGUUGACAACAAAACUCCGGAGCUUCAAGGUGGAACACGACCAGAUAGUAAUCCUACGGCAGGUGAAGGUACAACUGAAAUCAGCAGCAACAGUGAAGGAAGUGGAAGUGCGCCAUCACAAGUCCCACCUUCCUCCAUCACUUCAGAAACAGCGAGUAACGGUGGUUCUAAUGCUGCUACGACUGAGACUGAUACAACAUCUGCAGAGACUGAAUCAACAAGGAACCAAAAUGAAGAAGGAGCAGAAAAUACAGAUACAACCACCACCACCACCACCACCACCACCACCACCACAACAACAACAACAACAACAACAACAACAACA